AUGUACGCCAUAGUGGAUACGGUAGAAAUUGUUGCAUGGAUCCCAUGCAAAUCUUGCAACAAUUGCAAAACCCCACAGCUUUUUGAGUCCCAAAAGUCAUCUACAUUCAAGCAAAUGCCCUGUGUUUCUGAUCAGUGUCUGCAAACGGAUGCAAUCUGCAGUACGGGAGAUGAUAUAUGUACGUUCAGUAUAACUUAUGCGGAUAAGUAUGCGGAUGAAUCCAAGACGGACGCUCUCUUGUCCUCCGAUGAACUCACCAUGGAAGGAAAUUUUUAUCUUUCCAGUUUCAUUUUUGGGUGCAGUACUGUUCGGAGAGGAAUUUUAGAAGAUGCACCCGGUGUGAUCGGUUUAGGAAGUGGUUCAGAACUUUCCUUUCUUUCUCAGACUGAGUCUAUGUUUGGGAAGGUAUUUUCAUAUUGUCUUCCUAGCAUAGACUCGAAGGUUUUUUCAGGGACUCUCAGCCCGGGGAAAGGAAUCCUGAGUUCCACACAGGGUUUGAGCUUCACGCGACUGCUACAAAACUAUCAAUUCUCUUAUUUCGUGGGCUUAGUUGCAAUUAGAGUCGGUAAUGACCACUUCCUCAUGCCUCCGGAAUAUUCACAGUCCACUCCAACAGGAUUGGGCAUGCUUAUAGACUCGGGAACUGCGUUUACUCGAUUGGUCAAGCCUUUUUACAGUCAAGUCCGUGAUUCUUUUCGUCGCCAGAUGAAAUUAACCAGGAUUGAGCCCUUCAGGAUUCUUGAUACCUGCUAUCGAAUUCCAUCUGGUGAAAAUGUCGUGGCUCCGAGAGUUGUUUUGCAUUGUCAAGGAAAGUUGUUCUUGGAUAUUCCCCAGGAGAAUGUUUUGAUUACUGUGGAUGAGAAACAAGAAUGGUCCGAUGUAUGUUUUGCUUUCACUUCUGCAGGAAGUGGGUUUUCCGUGUUUGGGAAUACUCAGCAACACAAGUUAAGGAUCGUGUAUGAUGUACCAGGUUCUCGAAUUGGUAUUGCCCAAGAAAACUGCGGCCGUUGA